AAUUAGGAGUUGGCCCUAAAAUGAAAAAGGUCCCGCCUCGGAGUUCGCGAGAGCGCUCUCUGCUGUGCUGUACCAGCGGCCCGGCCCUCUCUUGGCAAGGAUCCGCCGCUGCCUCGGCUUUUCUCCUCCUUUUCUCCUCCCCUCCCCACUCUCCCUUGGACGCGUUCUUUGGGCGCCCCCUUCGUUGUGCGGAAGGGACAGGAAAAGAGGCAGAGCCGCCUUCAGCCCAGAGGGUGCCGGAGGAGGGUCGCCUCUGAAGAGCGCCCCGGGAUGGGAGAGGGAGUCGUCCCGGCAUCGGGUAUCUCCCUCGUCAAUGGUCCAGUGUGAUCAUUCAAGUGUAUGACAUCCUUUUUGCUUCUAAAUGGUAUCUGAAAAUCAAAACAGCAAAUUAGGUCAAAGUACUGGUCCAUGGGGUCGCGAAGAGUCGGACUCGACUGUGCGACUGAACAACAACAACUCAAGAGAAAACUAGUCCUUCCCUUUUUUCCCCUUCAAGUCAACUGAAGUUCUACAAUUCUACCUCUGACAUUUAUUUGGACUGAGAGAAGGGGGGCAGUCUUUCAUUAGAACACUACUCAACAAAUUGUAAUCCAUGUGCCUUAAUUCAGUUUUGCAUAUUACACCUGUUCUGUUAAUUUUUUAACCGGUAACUGUCUUAGCCCUCUUAACUGUGGAAUCUUGACAAUGAAUUGCUUUUCCAAGGUUUCAGAUUACUUUCAUAGUUAACGGAAUCACCCUGGAAUUUACAUAUAUAAAAAUUAUUAAAUAUCAAAGCAGGCUGUUUGGAGAAGGAGUAAUGGGAUUAUUAUCUUAAUUCAUAGUGCAGUCAAUUAGAAUUCAUAUGAUGGCUGCAACCUAUAGGCGUGUUGUAACAACAGCGAAUUGUUACAGCAGUGUUGUGAUAGAUCGGAGACUCCAACAAGCUGUGCAUUACUGCACUGGAGCAUGUCAGAUAUUCAAGCAAGGAGUUAUGUGCAUAGUGGCGCACCACAGUGUUUGUGCAGAGCUCGUGAAAGUUCCUACUCCAGACCUCAGAUGUUCAGAUCUGACCCGUAGGUUUUCAAUGCCUGAAAAUUCCCUUUCCUUGACUGGGGAUGAAGAUUAUCACCAAAUUCUCCCUAAUAAUCCAAGACUCAAAAAGGGGUCUUCAGUUCAAAGCACUGGAAACCUGAAGAAUAUCACUGGAGAAACUAUAAAUCUUGCUAGUGGAAAAAUAAAAGAAUUCUCAUUUGAAAAGUUGAGAAGUUCUUCCAAUCAUGUGACCUACAGAAAGGGAAGAAAAGUUAAGUCAGACCCAUUCAACCGAAGGUCACUCGAUUUUGAUUUGAUCUAUGGACAUUUCAGCAAUGAUGAAAAUUCCCCUCCUCCCUUUGGCCUGUCGCAGAUUUCCUCACCUGAGGAGAAAUGGCAGGUCAGCAGGACCUCACUAGAGGGAAAUGUGAAUUCUAGUUUUCCUGUGCCUUUACAAACUUUCUCUGAGGAGAGCUUUAUCACGCAGAUCUUGGAAAAGCACAAGCUGGAUGGUUCUUCCAGUGGAGAUAUUAAGAUGUGCUUGGACAUCUUGCUCAAAUGCUCAGAGGACUUGAAGAAGUGUACUGAUAUAAUAAAACAGUGCAUCAGGAAGAAAUCUUCGGGUAGUGUCAGUGGAGGAAACAGUAAUGAUCCCUUAGUCAACUCUGAAAUUAUCUAUAUGAAUUUAAUGACAAGGUUUUCUUCUUACCUUAAAAAACUGCCUUUUGAAUUUAGACAGCCUGGACUCUCUGAGCCCAGUGACAUGGUAGAACUGAUUAACAGUUUAUCUGCUUUGCAACAGGCUCAUUUCCCCCCAAUAUUUGGCAAUGAACAGCCACCUAGAUAUGAGGAUGUUGUACGCUCUUCAUCCUCCACAAUAAGGCAGUCUCUCACUACAGACUUGCGAGGUAGCCAGAACACCACUGAUAUAACUGGCUUAUCAAAACCUACUCAGAUCCUUGAUGUAGAUUUUUCCUCAACUGAUUUACAUGACAACAACCAACAGGACAACUUAGGAUAUAAAAAUGAUGCUUGCUCACUACCUCAAUUACAAUCUGUAAGCCUGUCAAGCUGCAUAUCUUCCACAGAAACUCUGCACAUUGUGGAAGAAUCAGACAGGGGAAAGGAGUUAGGCGGAGUAUCAGAUGCUAAGAGUAGAGGAAGUUGGGAGAAUUCAGAGAGCAGUCAGCAGAGAACUGAAAGGGAAGUCCCUGCUGUGGACUCUACUAAAAAAAUGCCUGUUGUAGGACAAUUUGUAACACUGGCCCAAACUUCCACCCAAGCAACCAUUCAAGCAACCUCUGUCAAUAGCCUUGAUGCUACUGCUCAGAUUUUUAAAGAAGAAUGUAGAAAGAGCAACCAAGAAGAGAUAGACAAACUUCUGUUGGACUUGGAGCAUUUUUCACAGAAAAUGGAAACUACCCUGAGAGAGACAUCCAGUAAGGAUACUGAUACUCCAUGUCUGAAAGAUACUGAUCUGUCUCGGACUCUUGAAAACAACAGUAAAGCUUGUUCACUCACAGACAAAAGUGCUUCUCCCUCUUUAUCAAAACUCAUAGAAACCAAUGGUCAUAAAAUGGAGGAAGAAGACAAAACCCUUCUAUUGCGCAUCCUGGAGAGUAUAGAGGACUUUGCCCAGGAACUAGUAGAAUUUCGAAUGGGUAAGGGAAGCUUAUCAAAAGAGAAGGAAGUGAUGCACAUUCUUCAGGAAACUCUGGCCACUCCCUCUGUUACAGCUGUCCAGCAGAGCCACCCAGGUGCAGCAGCCAAAGAACCUACUGCAGCGCUAAUUCAACAGGCACCAGAGGUUAUCAAGGUCCAAAUUAAACAAGAGAAAAAACCUGUAACUCCAUCCCCUGCUCCUGCAAAUCCAACCAUCAACACAUCAUCUCUUCUGCCUGCAAAUAAAGUCGUUGGUGCCCCUUUGUCCAUAAACAUUCCACAUUUCUACUUCCCCAACGGACUCCCUAAUGUCUGCAGCAGUCAUGAGGAGACCAUUGCCAAGAUUGAGGCAGCCUUUUCAGAGUUUGAAGAUGAGAGAGCCACCAUUAAUGAAAUGGGGAAAAUUGCAAAGAUAUGCUGCUGCCCUCUGUACUGGAAAGCUCCCAUGUUCAUUGCAUCAGGAGGAGAGAGAACAGGAUUUGUAUCUGUACAUUCAUUUGUGGCUAUGUGGAGAAAGAUAGUACAAAACUGCCAUGAUGAUGCAUCCAAGUUCAUUUGUCUUCUAGCAAAACCCAACUGUAACUUUUUGGAACAGGAAGAUUUCAUCCCAUUGCUACAGGAUGUAGUAGAAACUCACCCUGGCCUGACAUUUCUAAAGGAUGCUCCAGAAUUCCAUUCCCGCUACAUUACUACAGUUAUUCAAAGAAUAUUUUACACAGCCAAUAGAUCCUGGUCUGGGAAAAUCUCACUAACAGAGUUAAGGAAAAGUAACUUCCUGCAGACCCUAGCACUCUUAGAAGAAGAGGAAGACAUAAAUCAGAUCACAGAUUAUUUUUCCUAUGAACAUUUUUAUGUCAUUUACUGUAAAUUCUGGGAACUGGACACUGACCAUGACCUCUACAUCAACCAGAAAGAUCUGGCUAGAUACAACGAUCAAGCUCUGUCAAGCAGAAUUAUAGAGAGAAUAUUCACUGGAGCUGUGCUUAGAGGAAAUCAAGUACACAAAGAAAACCAGAUGAGCUAUGCAGAUUUUGUAUGGCUUUUGAUCUCUGAAGAAGACAAAAGAAGUCCUACGAGCAUUGAAUACUGGUUCAGAUGCAUGGAUUUGGAUGGGGACGGCAUGCUGUCCAUGUAUGAACUGGAGUAUUUUUAUGAGGAACAGUGUGAGAGGAUGGAAUCCAUGGGCAUUGAGCCACUGCCAUUCCAUGAUUUACUGUGCCAGAUGCUGGAUCUAGUAAAGCCAGAAUGGGAUGGUAGAGUUACUCUGCGAGACUUGAAGAGAUGCAGAAUGGCUCAUGUUUUUUACAACACUUUCUUUAACCUUGAGAAGUAUCUAGACAAUGAACAACGGGAUCCCUUUGCUGUGCAAAAGGAUGUUGAGAAUGAUGGCCCUGAGCCCUCUGACUGGGAUAGAUAUGCUGCUGAGGAGUAUGAAAUCCUUGUUGCUGAAGAAUCUGGCAAUGAGCACUUACAAGAAGGAUCCUUUGAUGAUGACUAUGAAGCAGAUGAACUCUUAUCUCUACCUGAAAUUGGAGAAAAGUCAGACAAAUUAGUUAUUUCAGACCUUUCGACAUAAAAAUACUGAAUCCUGCUAGGUCACUAGGGUCUGUUAGUAUUUAAUUGGACGAGUCCUCAGUUGUUACGUUUCAGGAAUUUUUUUUUUCUUGAAGCAACAACCAACAUUUGAUAUAAUAUUGUUUUGAAUGAAUGGCAUGCUUCUGCAUUAUGGUAACUUCCAAAAACAUGGUGGUUAAGUGUGACAAUGUUUUAUGAACUGUAAAGAAACAAGGAGCCCUGAAGUGGAAGGGGUUGGCAAGCCAUGGGUGUAGUAGGAAAAUAAAGAAUUUAAAACAAGUUCAAUAAAUUCUUUAUUUUCCCACACUGUAGAUUUUAUUCCCCUUUUUAUAUUUAGAAACUGUACCUUCAGUUUUCUUAUAUCUUAUUAGAUAAUUGUGCAGUAACUUUCAUAAAUUUUAAUGCAUACAAAAAAACGAUGUGUUAUUUCCAGUUUACUUCAGCACCCUAUUAACAUUGUUGGAUAAACUAUCACAAGAGCACUCUCAAAUAAAUGACAUUGAGUUCUGUUAAAUCCCACUGCUGUUAAAGCAACAUUCU